AUGACGGACGCAGCUGCAGCAACAAAUAUUGAUGCACACGGAGGCGAAGGAGACAAGUUCGGCAGAAUCACGAAAAAAUUUCUUCGUGAUCUAUGCAAGAAGCUCGAUUUAUAUUCAACGCCGUACCUCAACGACGUGUUGUAUCUACAUUAUAAAGGGUUCAGCAAAAUUGAAAAUCUCGAAGAAUACACAGGUUUAAAGUGUUUGUGGUUAGAGUGCAACGGCAUACGUAAAAUAGAAAACCUGGAUAACCAGAAAGAACUCAGAUGUUUGUAUUUGCAUCAUAAUUUGAUUAAGAAGAUUGAAAAUUUGGAUGCUUUAUUUCAUUUAGAUACAUUAGUGUUGAGUCACAAUUGUAUAUCAAAACUUGAGAAUUUAGAACACUUAACGUCUCUUAAUACUCUGAAUGUAAGCCACAACAAAUUGCAGACGAGUGUAGAUAUUGAAAUUUUAAGGAUGUCUAAGAAACUCUCCGUCCUGGAUAUUUCUUUUAAUCAAAUUGAUGAUAAGGAAGCUAUGAAUGUUUUUUAUGAAAUGGAAAAUUUGCGAGUAUUGACUUUGACCGGAAAUCCUGUGGUGAAGAUGAUAUCACCAUAUAGAAAGAUUGUAACUGUGAGCUGUAAAAAUCUGCAGUAUUUAGAUGACCGACCAAUUUUUGAAAAAGACCGGUUAUGCGCAGAAGCAUGGCAUAAACAAGGACCUGAAGCGGAAAGACGAGUUAGAGAGAAAUACGAAGCAGAAGAAUACGAGAAAUUACGCCAGAGUACUUUGGGCUUAACGAGGCUGAGGGAAAGUCAGCUUCAGAAUUAUUCAGACGUAAAGGACGAAAUGAAAUCAGAUGGAUUCUUUACGGAACAGUCGGAAGCCGUCAGUUGCGCGUCUGAAGACAACAAUAUGAAUUGUGUUGGCGACAGAGAUAGCUCAGACUCUGCGGCGGAAUUAGAUGAUGCUGAAGACAAUACAGUUUUAAAUCAAGGCAUAUUUGACGAAGAAGAAAAAAGUUCACAGGCAAACACUCAUGAGACAUCAACGUUGAGCAGCGUGAGCAAGGAAAUAAUCGAAACAAAAUGUACACAUCGUAGAGAAAAGGAAAUAAUAAAUACGGAAAGGCCUGAAAGUCCAGCAGUGCAUGUACCUCACCGUGAAAUGUUAGAAGUGGCAAACGAGUGUUCUGUAAAUAUCACUAACGAGACUCUUACUUAUAAUGGUGAAGAGUUCGAGAUUAGAUCUUCGAGUGACACACUAGAAGUAUCAGAUGACGUUGAAUGUUAUAUGUCAGUGCGCGCCAAUCGUCCGCUCAUUGUGGAGUUAACUGAAGGCGAGGGAGCAUCACAACCAGCCAGCGACACUGUCGGAUACUUUAAUUAA